AUGGGUUUCAAGGCCUUCUCUUCGGUAUCAUCAUCAAGGUCUGGCAUCGAAGCAAAGAAUUCGGAAGAUUCGAGUUCAACGUGGCGGGUUGGGAAAUCACCACAAAGAGAUUUCGGUUUCGCCGGAUCCUUGAAGGGGGGACCAAAGUCCCCGCAGAGCCCACGCAGAAGCCGUUUCAGCACGGAGCAGGUCCUCCCCAGGAGGAAGGGCAGCUGCAGUUCGGAGGCAUCUGACUUGUCCAAUCUGAACAAGGAGGCGCUGAACGAGGACAUGAUGCUCCGCGUGCUGCUGCUUUCACCACCUCCAAGCGAUAGCGAGGACGAUGACGCUGGGUGCGUGCAAGACGGUGUCCCGAUCGAAGCACCGUCCUGUGAAAAAUCAACCAUCGAGGCAUACAGCCACAACGGCUCAGUGACAGUCGAACUGAUUCGACUUGCAGGGGCGGAAGGGCAUCACUUCCGGCUGUAUGUGACCUCCUGCGAGGAGAGCGUGCACGUUCUAUUGCCGUCCGAGUUCCGAGGAGCACUGUUUAUCAGCCACGCUAGAAGCCAGAUGCCUGCGAGCGUUGAGUACGGCGCGGGGUUACAGAGACGGAUCGAUGGAGGCGCCGUGCGCAUCAACCCGGUGGUGGGUCAUGGAGCGGUGGCCGAGGACGAAGACGAGAUGCACCUAUAUGCGGCGAAGCGGAUCGUGGUGGAGACGAAGGACGAAGAGACGGACCUGCAGGCGACGGCUGCACGGCCGCUGUGGGUGCUGGAGGGGCGGGCGAGUCGGCUGCGACGCGUAUGGCUGAAAUUCAUGCCGUGA